CAGUAACUCGCAGUUGGUUUGGCAAUACUGAGCUCCCACUCCUAUACUUCCUGGCAGGGGAGUAAAGAAUUGGACUCUUCCAGUCCGCUGACCCGCAUUGCAGGUGGAAAAAUGGCAUGUUCUUUCAUUCGCUGUGUCAGACUCGUAUUUUGGAAAGUGCCAGUUGAGGUAACUCUAUCCAGGAACUGUGUGCAAAUAGUUCGUCCAGUUUGCAUGACUUCAGGAUUGCAGUCUCUCACACGAUACGAUGAUACACAAGUAACUGUAGACUGGAAGAAGAAGCUUACCCCAGAACAGUAUGUGGUAACAAGGGAGAAAGGCACAGAGAUGCCAUUCAGUGGGAUCUAUUUGAACCACACUGAGGAAGGCAUGUACCACUGUGUCUGCUGUGACAUUCCUCUCUUCAGCUCCAAGUCCAAGUAUAACUCUGGGACAGGGUGGCCAUCAUUCACCCAGGCCCAUGGGACAUGGGAACAUGACGAGAGUCAUGCCAACAUUUUGCGAAGACCUGACAACUCGCUAGGCAGUGAGGCGACGGAGGUGAUAUGCAAACAGUGCGAUGCACAUCUAGGUCACGUGUUUGACGAUGGACCGGACCCCACGGGCCAGCGAUUCUGCAUCAACAGCUUGGCCCUGAAUUUCAAACCCAAAGUUAAGUAGUGUCAUUGAAAAAAGGGGAAUUCCACUGAGACACCCAUGUUUGUCUUAUUCCUCAUCUGAAAACCUACACUUAAACGUCACAAAGUUUUUAUGUAGCUCCCUGCUCACCAUCGUUGCUUAUAGUGCAUGACAAUUAUUAGUGUUAGCAUUACAAGUCGAGCUUGGUUUCUCGCUUUCUCCCCCCCCAGUACCUCUCCACAUUUCAUUUCCUGUGGUUUUCUAAUGAGUAAGAACGACAUGUUACAAGUGGACUGAAGUCAGAAAUUGUAUUGUUCAUUUUACAUUACAGGCAUUUUAUCAACA